AUGUUUAGUUUAUCGGAGGACUUUUCGAAGGCGUGGGAAAGCCAAUUUCCUGGUAAAAAUCCACCCGAUGCGUCGUUCUUGACAGCGGGUGCUAAUAGAGGCAGAACCAAGGCUGUGUUGUGUGACGAACAACAAAAGGUAUCAGACAGAAUCAAUGAGCUGAAAUGGGAAUUACAGCAGCAGGAGUUCCUUAAAGACUGGAUCGAUAAUCAGAUAGAAUCGAUCGAUAAUUUUAAGAGAGAUAUUGCUUCUAUAAAAUAUGCCGGUACAAAUGGAUCGUUCGCUGGACCCAGAACAAAUGCCACACGUGGAACGCUACAACAGCAAUCUUCACUGGACGACAUGGUAAGUUCACGACCAAUCGUCGUCGACAUCGACCCCCGACGUCAAACUUUUGGCUCCACGCGAGAGCGGCCCGAAAUUCACCCCUACGAAACAAUUGACGAUUUUUUACCCCCAAAACGCGUGGUUACAAAGGGAAAUAAUGAAUCCAGGUCGGUCGUGUUGGCAGAUCGAAACCAGGAACGGCCACCAUCCGUUAUGGGUGGGGCAGAGAUACCUGUCUACGCUAUGCCACAGAAACGGCCUAAGCCGAAGUUAAAACCCAAACCAGACACCAUCCGUCGACCAGGUGGAAGUGGUAUAGUCAAAAUUCAGAAAAAAGAAGGCGUUGAAGACGAGAGGUACAGUACUGUGCCAGACAGACAGUGUUCGUCGUUUGCCCCACGAUCUGGCGGAUCGAGGAUUGCAGACAAGAGUAAUUCCCCUGAAUUCAAGAGUUCAACGAAACGAGGCGUAGACGAGUUGCCCGAUCCACCAAGUCCCAUUAAAAAUGAGGACAGUGGCAUAACAUACAUGAACUUGGACAAGUAUAGAGCAGAGGCUAAGGUUGAAACUCAUUUGCAGCAGGUCGAUGCGAAUACUUAUUACGAAAAAGAAAACCCUGCGUAUGAUUCCGCUGAUGUCACACACAAGGAAGUAAUGCCUGACGGAGACGUGUUGUAUGAAACUGUAGGUGGAGUGAAAACACCUCCAACAGUUCAAUCUUCUGUCCGUUUUGGGUUGCAGGCUAAUCUGGAUUCCCUUGGGAGUGACGUCAAGGAGAAUGACCGUUCUGAAUCCCCUCCUUUGUAUCAAGGGUCCGAGUCGGACUCCAGUAACGACGACUCUGUUUUCCCCAUGGCGCAUGAAGGUUUACCAAAGAAAAUAGGUUUAUUGAGUGCCGAUGCCGGAGAUGCCUGUUCUAUCGACAGUACCAGAUCAGCUGGAACUGGUUCUUCACUUGACUCGAUAUCAAUCGAAUUCAAUGAAGCAAAUAGUUCGAGUAUGUAUUCUCUACCGGUGGACAUGAGGAAGCUUGUGGUAGAAGGCAUUCUGGAAAGUGAUCAAGCAUAUUUGGAAUGCCUGGAUACUCUUCAAGAUUAUAUGAGAGUGUUGUUGGCUUCUUCCACGACUUCCCAGCCAGCAAUGUCUAAUGCCGAUUACCAGGUCAUUUUCUUCGGAAUUGAAGAGCUCUACAGGCUCAGCACAGAAUUUUAUAAUGCCUUGAAGGAAAGAGUGGAUAACUGGAAUGAAUCACAAAUAGUAGGAGAUCUAUUUCUAGAGUCGUCACGUAGACUAUCGAUUUAUGGGGAGUACUUCAACAACUAUGGUAAAGCUAUGGAGACUGUGUACAAGUGUCGUAACGAAAGCGAAGAUUUCCAGAAGGUCACCUUGAACAUCCCAAAACCAUCUUCGAAAGAAAAUAAUGUGUCCCUGGAAGGCUUGCUGUACAAACCUUUACAAAGAGUCACAAAAAUGACUUUAACAUUAGCUGAUUUAUUGAAACACACGCCACAGGACAGUGCAGAUUAUAAAGACAUUGAAGAGGCUCUGAAAAUAUCCGAAGACUUCUUAUAUCAAGUCAACGAACCUGCAAAACUGAAAGCUAAAUAUAAAAACAAAAACAAGAGACCUUCCAAGAGUAAAAAAAGGAGAAAGUUCCUGAAAGAAAAUUACAUAGUAGAAUUGCCGGAACAUAACAACCGGAAACUACGUGCAAUCUUCCUUUAUUCUGAUCUCAUACUUUGUGCCAAACAAAAGUCUUCCGGAGGGGUGUUUUCCGGUCAGAAAGGUUACUAUCAGUGUAAGUGGUAUUUGCCGUUGCGGAAUCUUUCACUGAAUCCAAACGACGAGAAUGCACAAGCUACUCCUUCAUUGCCACUUACCAGUGAAAAAGAAAUUGAAGUACUGCGUUCCAAAAUCGCGGAGGUCAAGUCAAUGAUAAGACAGGAACAAAAUUUAGCAGAGAAGGACAAGAAAGCUAGAAAUGCACAGAAGAGCAUUGCCAAAUAUCGAAAGACUCUCAUGGAAUAUGAGGACCAAAUGUCACUGAUAUCUCCAAACCUACCAUUGAGACUCUAUGAUAAAAAAGAAGGAAAGACGCGUACUCUACUAAUGGCUUCUGAUUACGAAAGAUCUGAAUGGCGAGAAGCAAUAGCGACUGCAAAAAGAAACGAUGUCACGAUCAAUGAUUUGGUACUAACUGAAUUUGAAAUCCAGACGUUGUUGUCCAAAUCUUCUAAGCCUGUGAAGCCUGAUGAUGGGUCACCUCUGAUGAAAGAUGAGGAAGACGCAUUGACUGGUAUUCUCAGAUUCACGGUUCAUACUGCCCAAGGAUUUGAAAUCCCAGGAGAGUAUUAUUGCUGUUUAGAAGUGGAUUCCUACAGUCAUUUUUAUUUGAUAGCCAAGACGUAUCCCAGCAUUCAAGGCGAGGAACCAACCUGGCACCAGGAAUUUGAAUCUGAAAUAGAUGGUGCUGAAAAAUUAAGAAUUUUGUGUUAUCGUAAACAGCGAGGUGAGGAUCAGCUUGUUGGCAGGGGAACAUUUGAGUUGACAGAGUUACAAAAGAACAAAGAGAAAAAUGUAACAAUUGAUAUGGACAAGCAUGUAACGAUGUCGAUCUCCUUGAGCUAUGACUCUCUUGGUCGUCAAACAAUGAAAAGACCAAAGUCUAAAAGACCCACAGGCGUGUUUGGUGUACCCAUAAAUAGAGUAACACACAGAGAACGCACUAAAAUACCCGAAAUUGUUACAAUAUGCACAGCGGAGAUUGAAAGAAGAGGUAUGUCUGAGCUGGGAAUAUAUAGGAUAUCAGGUGUGAAUGCAGAUAUAAAUAAAAUAAAGAAAUCUUUUGAAAAUGGUAGCAAGAGUGUUCGCACAUUGGUUGGUGAAGCAGACAUUCAUGCUGUUGCAUGCGUUGCAAAGUUAUAUUUUCGUGAAUUGCCAGAGCCGUUAUUUACCGAUAAUCUUUAUAACAAUUUUGUAGAAGGACUUGCUCUAUCAGACCCGAGUGCACGAGAGAAGUGCAUGAUGUCAUUAUUAUAUUCAUUACCGGAACCCAAUCUCAGUACUGUGUUGCAUCUGAUAAACCAUUUACGAAGGUUGUCCGAACACCAAUCAGAAAACAAGAUGAGUCUUCAUAAUCUGGCAACUGUGUUUGGUCCCAAUCUUAUGCGCCCAGCUGUGAGGAAACCUGAUGAAGAGAUCGGAAUAAAUGCAUCGCUUAUUCUUGAAGCUACUUCGUUUACAGACGUCAUGUCGCAAGUUGGCGUAUUCUUUUACUAUCUAGAGGGGAGGCCACCAGAAUCUCCUCAACAGACACAUUUCUGA